AUGCGUCUUCAGCCCCCCAGUCCCGAGGUGAGACCGACUAAGAAUGAGCGGAGCUGUGUGAUAGGAACAACAAUUUCUCAGCAGCAGCAGCAGCAGCAGCAGCAGCAGCAGCAGCAGCAGCAGCAGCAGCAGCAGCAGCAGCAGCAGCAGCAGCAGCAGCAGCAGCGAGUAGCUAUUACCGUGCUAGUAACACGUCAGCUGUACACAAGCCAUCACACCAUGUCGACGCUCCUGUCCCUGCCUGGACUCAUCAACCUAUGUCUCUCUCUCCUCAUCCCGCCGCUGGGUCUCCUUCUGCUCAUCCCGCUCGCCGUCGUGCUGAACGUGUACCACUGGGCAACGCUCGCCACGCGCUGGCUGCUGCUGCGCGCGCCCUCGCCCGCGCUCUCCUGGCGCUACUCCUCGCGCGAUAAGGUCGUUGUCAUCAUUGGCGCGUCGUCGGGCAUCGGCGAGUACAUGGCGCGUGAGUAUGCGUGCAAGGGAGCGGCGCUGGUGCUGGCGGCGCGCAGGGAGAACCGCCUGCGUGCUGUUGCUGACGAGUGCAUGCGCCUGGGCGCUGCUGACGUGGCGGUGCAGCGCGCUGACGUGUCCACGGAGGAAGGGUGCCACGCGGUGGUCAACGCUGCCGUGGAGCACUAUGGGCGGAUCAAUGUGCUGGUGUGCAAUGCAGGCACGGCGCAUCCGGGCCUGUUUGAAGACGCACAGGACCCCACCACCCUCCGAAGCAGCAUGGACAUUGACUUCUGGGGCAACGUGUGGCCAACGGUGUUUGCGAUGCCGUACCUGCGCAGGAGCCAUGGGCAGGUGGUGGUCACGGCGUCAGUGGCCGCUUAUCUCACGUACCCACGCCAGUCCAUGUACAAUGCGGCCAAGGCGGCCAUAGUGCAGUUCUAUGCUACACUGCGUGCGGAGGUGCAUCCUGAGGAGAUGGCUAUCACCAUCGCCAUGCCUGGCUUCGUGCACUCAGAACUCACCUCCCGCGCUGACGCCUCUACGCACAUUCCCUGGUGGUGGCCCAUGCUAUCCACCCCCGAGGCCGCGCGCAUCAUCGUGCGCGCCGCGGAGCUGCGUCAGCGCCACGUCAUCGUGCCCUUCUGGUACAGCGCAUGGCUGCUGUACCGCCUGUUCGCCGCGCAGGUCAUGGACUGGUCGCAGCGCGUCAUGCUGCUGGGGCGCGCGCCGUCGCGAUUCGUGAAGAGCGCGCUGGCGGCGGCGGUGGGGGAAGAGGGGGCGGAGUGGCUGUUCCGCAGUGUGGCGGCAAUGCCCGCCAAGGGGAAGGGCAAGGUGGAAUGA